AUGGCGGUUGCUCAAGUGCCGCGCAACUUCAAGCUCCUUGCUGAGCUAGAGAAGGGCGAGAAGGGAAUGGGCGCAGGUGCUUGCUCGUAUGGCUUGGAGGAUCCUGAAGAUAUCUACAUGAGCAACUGGCGAGGAACUAUCUGGGGGCCUCCUCAUGGCAACCACGAGAACCGAAUCUACGAGUUGAAGAUGGAGUGCGGCCCGAACUAUCCCAGGGAGCCUCCCGUCAUCUACUUCGUCAGCCAAAUCAACCUCCCCGGCGUCAACCAGCAAAACGGUUUAGUCGACAAGAAUUUUGUUGGCAUUCUGCGGGAUUGGGAGAGGAUCUCGACCGAACUGUCGAGGAAUCCCCGCCCGAAAGAUGACCCUCUGAGCUUGGAGUCUGCUCUCAUUGCAAUACGGAAGUAUAUGGAUGAGCACAAGAAGCUGCAGCAGCCGCCCGAGGGAUCGAACCUUCUGUCAAAGUCGAAGCUGGAGCAAGACCGAGUUGUCACGGUGCUUGAUGACGGGACUACGAAUUAUGGCGGACUUUUCCUCUUGGCAGCGAACAUGCUGUAUCUACGCUUUGCCCUCUACCGAGCGCUCCUCCGCCAAGUUCCUCAAAUAGCUCUCCCCGAUGAAAUCGCAACUGGCUGGGGCGAAGUCAAUCCAAUCAAGCAUUACAUCCGCACGGGGUUCCGGCGCAACAAGGCCGACACUAGCCCGCGGCUCGUCACGGCCGCUCUGCGCAAUGGUUACCGAUUUCUCGAUCUCCUAUCCGCGGCGCGCAGCUCCUCGAGCCCCGAACACGCCUCCAUCCUAACAUUCCUCGAGGGUCGUCUCGCGAACUACAAGAAGAAUCUAGCUACUUAUCCCCCCCGGCCUCCACCGAUAUCGACCGCAGCCCACCCCGACAACAUUCCGGUCAUCAGACGCCUCCCUGGCCCGGACACAGUAUACGAACCGACCGUGAGACCACGACCACUAGCCGAGCUGUCCGGCGGCGUGCGCAAGGUUCCCAGGCUGUACCGGGCGAACGAGAUACCCUUCCUAUGGGUGCGCAAGCCCCAGUCGCCGGCGCUGUCACGCGUGUUGCGGACGAAGCUGGACAAACGCCAGGCGCGCAUCACGUUGUUUCAGAGCCUGGUAGAGGAAAGCCUAGAUGAGGCAGAGGAAGAGGACGCGUGGGAUCGAGAGAUGAGGGCGUUGGCGGUGCGCGAGGGGCGCUAUUGGCAUGAAGACGACGGCCGAAGGGAUUGCUACAGUGAGAGUGUGCAAAUCGGCAUCGAGUAUCUUAAGGACAAGCUAGAGGAGGAAAGGGAUGACUUGAUUGCGCGAGGUAGGGCACUAUUCGAGAUUGUGGAGAGAGAAACGGCGCUGGCAGAGAAAGAGGAGGCAGAGCGCCAGGCAAGGGCUACAUGA